AUGGACAUAUCUCACCUCUCGGAUCAAUUGGAUUCAUCACCAAAGAGAUUCCCCGAUUGCUGCCUGGGUAUUUCAAGUACCUUGCUCGAUCACCUGGGUUCAAUCCUCCCUAAGACACCCGCAUUCACCCUCUCAGUUGGCAGCGGGUCAGGCUUCCUCGAGGCAUUAAUCGUGCAUUACUUUGAAAAUGUAUCGGUGGAAGGGGUCGAGGUAAGCUCAAGCGUCAACCGAUAUAUUGCCGAGGAGGCUAUGAACAUCGUUGCUGGCGGGUGGGAUCUUUGUUCCGAUGCCCAGGUGGCCUCAGCGUGGAUGUUUGUAUACCCGCGAGAUCCAAAAUUAAUCACGAAAUACAUCGUUACAUACGGGGGUCAAGCUGUGCAAUUGAUAAUCUGGCUCGGGCCAACGGCAGACUGGGUGGUCUUUGAGCCUUGUUUUCGUCAAUCCACAUUCUCCGAGUUGAGCUUUAUCGAAGCUGGAAUGACUCCUUAUGAAACAGCAGUCGUUGCGAGGAAGGCGUCAUAG